GAUAUCACUCACGAAUGGCCAAAGUCGCCACGGCCCACGCCAUACGAAGUGCUCGGCGUUUCCAAGGGCGCCGUCUACGACAAGCGACGCUUCUAUCAUCUCGUCAAACUGUAUCAUCCAGACACGCAUGACCACAACCAUCAUCAUGCAUCCGUAUCAUCUUCACCUUUACAUAUCAAAAAUCUUCCCCACGCUACCCGCCUCGAGCGGUAUCGCAUGAUUGUUGCCGCCAACGAACUUCUCAGCAACACUUCUAAGCGUCGCAUGUACGAUAGCUACGGCUUAGGAUGGUCGCACGGCGACCGCGCCGCGUCUCUGCGCGACAUUGACAAGAACUGGCGCCACCAAGAAGGUACCGCCGCGAACAACGCCACAUGGGAAGAUUGGGAACGAUGGCGGGAUGCCCAGGAAGGGAAAUCGAGUGAACCUGUGUACAUGUCGCAUGGUGCAUUCGCAUCCAUCUUGGUGCUCAUGUGUCUUGUUGGGGCUAUGGCGCAGACCAAUCGUGCCGAGUCAAGCGGCGCGCAGUACGUUGGGUGGGCAGCCGAUCACAGCGCUGAGAUUGGAGGUCGGCUGCGAAGGAAUGGAACGGCGGUGGCCGGGCUCAGCAAGGACGAGAGAGUUGACUACUUCUUGAAAGAACGCGAA